GUCGACGUGUUUGAGCUUCUGUUUUACUUUGACGACACUCUGGGUCAUCUGAUGUGGUACGUCCCUCUCUUCCUCGUGCUCUUCCUCUUCUUCACUGGUUGUUUCUGCCACAGGAAGCUGGAGGAGAAGAUGCCGAGGGCGGCGUGGAUGCUACUCGCUCCUAAUGCCGCCUACUACUGGUACCUGAUCACUGAGGGUCAGACCUUCAUCCUCUUCAUCUUCACCUUCUUCGCCAUGACUGCCAUGGUGAUGCACCAGAGGAGGCGAGGCAUGGUUCCCAACGGCAACGGCCUCUUUAUGCUCUACAGUUUCUCUACAGCUCUGGUCCUGGUGGCGGUCUGGGUCUCCUAUCUGUGGAACGACAGCGAUCUGAGGAAGAAGCACCCAGGUCUGAUCUACGUCCCGCAGCCUCGAGCCGUCUACUCCCUCCACCUCCACCUCCACCUCCACCACCACCACAACACAGAUGCAGAUCUCUGA